AGGAGGGGUUGGGGUAAACGUUGUGACAGAGGAAGUCAGACAUUUCUCGCUUCCGUCCGCGGUGCUGCUCAGAGGAAGCCAGGCACGGACACGCCGGAACAACCGACCCUUCUCCAACGGCACCGGCGAACGCUGGAAUCUGAGCCCGGGAAACGCGCACUCUAACGGGGUUGUCGAGACAUGGACGUCCGGGACCGGAGCGACGACGAGCCGGUGUCUUCGCGUCUUGCCAGCCUCACCUGGGAGAGCUGUCAGCAGGUCUUGGUGGAAGCGGACAUGGAAAAACACCUUGUGUUCCCUUCUCAGUGCGCUGCAUUGGUUGGCGAAGACCAGCCCCUCUGCCCCGACCUCCCCGAACUCGACCUCUCCGAGCUGGACGUGAGCGACCUAGACGCCGACGGCUUCCUGGGCGGCCUCAAGUGGUACAGCGACCAAUCGGAGAUCAUUUCCGCGCAGUAUGGCAACGAGGCGUGCAAUCUUUUCGAGAAGAUAGAUGAAGAAAAUGAGGCCAACUUGCUGGCAGUGCUUACAGAGACCCUGGAUAGCAUCCCGGUGGAUGAGGACGGUUUGCCUUCGUUUGAGGCUCUGGCAGAUGGGGACGUGACCAAUGCCAGUGACCAGAGCUGUCCCUCCUCCCCCUCGGGCUCUCCUCGCACCCCAGAGCCCGAGGAGCCUUCCCUGCUGAAGAAGCUCCUUCUGGCGCCCGCAAACUCCCAGCUCAGCUAUAAUCAAUACACAGGUGGCAAGGCACAGAACCAUGCAGCCAGUAGCAACCACCGCAUCCGAUCACCACCUGCCGUCGUCAAGACGGAGAGCCCCUGGAACGGCAAAGCGAGAGGGGUCUCCGGCCAACAGAUCCGCCCUCUGAGGCGGCCUUGCACAGAGCUGCUGAAGUACUUAACAGCCACCGAUGACAUCCUGCUCCACACCAAAGCCAACGACGUCAAGGGUAGCUGGAGCGGCGUCCCCGGCAGGGACAAGAGCUGCCUGGGCCUGGGCGCCUCCUCUUCUUCUUCCUCCUCGCCGUCCUCGUCGUCCACCUCCUCCUUCUCCUCCCUGUCCUCUUCUUGUUCCUCGGUCGCAUCCAAGAAGAAGUCGGGCGUGCCGCCGCAACCGCCGCCACCACAGCAGCAUCACCAGCGAGGUGAGAGCCGGGCUGCAGGCGAAUGUAGUGGGGCUGGGAAGUGGCAGCGUUGCGCUCAGGAUGACGGGGUUGAGGAGUCGGAUGUGGCCUCUAUCUCUGUCGGCCACAGAACCUACAGCUGCGGCCACGCUCGCCCUAAAGCCAGCGAAGAAGAAAGGCCGCCAGGUGAUGCGGGCCACCUGGCCGCCGCUAGGUUCAUUAGGUAUAUGCAUUCUUAUUCCCUCCCUCCCCGAGAGGCGAGUCACAGCUGUGAGCAUUGCCGAGAGGCUGUAGGCGCCACUCGAAUUAAGAGUAGUUGGGCCACUCGCGCUCAACGUAGGCACAUCACAGUGACUAUUAGGAAGCGGGACGCAAAGCCGGGGCACCCCUUACUUAGCCAGCUGCUCACCACCAAGCAGAGACCCGCCCGCUACCGAGACCACCUUCUCAACCCCGUGACCGGCACUGACGGUCAAGUAGUAAGAAAGCGAUCUGAACGUAUCAAACCCAAGGAGAAAGAGCGCGGAAAGCAGAGUGGAGUGACAAACUCUGACCUGCUAGACUUGGGCUUUGGACUAGAGCCGGGGUGGCCAAGCCAGGGAGGCUAUGGGGAGGAUGUUGACCAUGAUAAUCAUAAUGAUGAUGCUGCUCCUGCUGCUAAUGGUGUCUAUGAUGAUGACCAUGUCACGGGCAGCCCCGGCGCAGUGCUCUCACAGGGCCCGCCGAGCCCACUCUUCCCAGAUACUAGCAUUGCAGAGCCCACCCCUGCCCGCUUCAUGCUUGGGCACGGGCAGCCACACAGGCAGGCACUCAGCGAGCACCCAGACGACCACCUGUUGUUAGCCAAACCAACCACCUUGCCACUUCCUUUGACCCCAGAGUCUCCAAAUGACCACAAGGGAUCACCGUUUGAGAACAAAACCAUUGAAUGCACAUUGAGUGUGGAGAUUGCUGGAACCCCAGGUCUGACACCACCAACUACGCCCCCACACAAAGCCAGUCAAGAGAAUCCUUUUAAAGCAUCGCUCAAAACCAAGUUGUCUUCAUGUUCCUCCUCGGCCUUGGCGUGCAAAAGAGCAAGGCUGGUCGAGUUGGGUCCAGGCCCUACCAGGAAGGGCCCUGAACAGACUGAGCUGUAUGCCCAGCUGAGCAAAGCGUCCACUGUCCUACCGUACACUCAACAAAUGACAAGGAGAGGACUUGAGGAGCAUCGAGGUGCUAGCAACCUUAAACGGGCUUCCGCCCGUGGCUUCAGCGACCACGACUAUUGUCAGGCAAGCACAAAGAAGAAUGGCAACGCGGCUGUUAGUGCUGCGACUUCAACAGGAGAAAAGCCCGCUUCUGUCGGGGACCAGCACGUCAGAUGUACUGACUCAGCCAUGCCUCCAUCUUCUUCAUCUUCAUCUUGUCCUCUAGCCAAGUUUCAGAGUUUUGUCUCGGGGAAGGAGUCCCUUUCCCAGAACUCCCAGAUUCUCCCAGAACUGGACGGCUCAUCCGCCCUCAGCCGCAAGCUCCUGUGCGACCACGAAAUUCGAGCGGAACUCAACAAGCACUUUGGAAAUCCCUUGCAGGCCCUCUACAGUCAGGGUGAGAAGGAGAAGGAGCCGGGAAGCAAUAAGGUCGGGCCCCCUACGUCUCUUGAGGAUGAGGAGAUUGAGUCCCAAAGGUUGCCUGGCUCUGGUUACUUGCAUUCAGGACUGCUGUCCCUCCAUGAUGAGCUCGAGUUGGGAGAGGGCCGUGAGAGUCGUUUCCUCUACCCCUGGGAGGGUACCCCUCUGGACCUACUCUUUGACUGCCCCCCACGCUCUCCCUCCUGUUCCCCACCGUUAAGCUGUUCCCCAUCACGAGGCUCCGUCUCGCCGCCGUCCUCCCUCCUUCUGUCGCCCGGCAGGCCUUUCCGCUGGACUGGCGGCCGGUCGCGCUCCCGCUCCCGAUCUCAUUCCGGUUCACGCAGCUCCUCUUCAGGCUACCGGAGGCGCUCCCUCUCCAGCUCGCCUGAUAGACGCCCUUCCUCCUGGUGUCGCCACAACAGUGAAUCGAGCACUUUGCGUUCCAGGAGCCACAAGAGCCCACAGUCACAAUCUCCUCUCAGUCGCAGGCCAAGGUACGACAGCUACGAGGAGUAUCAACACGAGAGGUUGAAAAGAGAAGAGUAUCGUCGGGAUUACGAGAAGCGGGACUUUGAAAGGGCCGAGCAGAGGGAUAGGCAACGACGAAAGGCAAUCGAGGAGAGACGGGUGGUGUACGUGGCGAGACUGAGGUCGGACUGCACCCGGACUGAGUUGAAGCGGCGCUUUGAAGUCUUUGGAGAAAUUGAAGAAUGUGCUGUGAACUUGAGGGACGAUGGGGACAAUUUUGGCUUCAUCACAUACCGCUACACGUGCGACGCCUUAGCCGCCCUCGACAACGGACACACCUUGCGGCAGUCAAACGAGCCGCGCUUCGAGCUGUGCUUCGGCGGUCAAAAGCAAUUCUGCAAGUCAGAUUACACAGACUUGGACUCCCAUUCGGACGACUUUGACCCCGCCUCCACCAAAAGCAAGUAUGACUCCUUGGAUUUCGACAGCUUGCUGAAGGAGGCCCAGCGCAGCCUCAGAAGGUAACCCGCUUGUGGCUUUACUCCCCCCUUCCCCCUCCAGUGGGACUCCUGAUACCUCACUCUCGUCUUUGUUUUUCCGGACGAGGAGACACUUGAGAUGUUUUACACUCUAUACGCGGUAGAGUAUCGAAGAAGACAAGACGUCUUAUCUAUGAGAAUAUAUUCGAAAUAAAGUUUACAUGAACAUAGCUGCUGAAGAGCUGAGGAAGCAACUUCUGGGAAAGCCAGUUAACCCUCAGAACCUGCUGCACGACUGUGACUGCUGAAAAAGGGGAGAGAAAGGAAAAAAAAGACAAAUGGAAAGCACUACAAUACCCAUAAUUCUUCGGAGGGAAGGAAAACACGCAGCUUGGUUCAGCCAGAUUGAUUUUCUUUUGCUUUUUUUGUUGCUUUUCCUUUGUAAAAUCUCUUUGGAUCUGGUGUUACAUUUCGAGAACAAAAAAGUUGAGGGAAUUGUAUCUCUUGUUGUCUACAUUUGAAAGAAAACUGUAGUUGUGUAUUCACAAAUAACUCUAAAAAGGAAUAUUUUUUAUUUUCAUGUACAUACGGGAAAUAAAGUGGUUUAUUUGUUACAGCUAUGCACUGUAAAACGCAGCCUUUUUUUAGAGAAAAAAUAACAAUAAUGCGGGGAAAAACAUUUUCUUAAUUCUGAAUGUCGAUGGAUGUCGAUAGUGAUUCUACUGUAAAACAUACUGUAAGCCUACAUGAUGUUUAGGAGACAUUUAAUGAUUGUUUAAAAAUUUAAGGAAAAAAAAAAAAAAAAAAGGCCAAUCACUCGUUUAUGAGGCAGCACGUGAACAAACCUCUUUAUUUUUUUUUUUAAGUUAUUCAGUCAGGUUUUUCUUUCAUGUGUAAAAUACAUUUUUUAAAAAUGUGUAUCAUGAUUGUAAAAACAAUUGUUUUUAAUUGAUUUUUCUGAAAGCAAUCGAUAUAUUGUGUAUGUGAUAUAUACGGCACAUAAAUAUGUCUGUGUAUAUAUGUGCAUAUAUAUGUAUAAACGCUAGGGAUGUAACGGUACACACAAGUCACGGUUCGGUGCAACAGGAAAAAUUGAAACUUAAAAGUUUGUUGCAAAAACAGGCAACGCACUCUUUUUUGCACCAGGGCCGAGAACCAAAAGUGGUAUUUCCCAUGUGGCAAAAUGGAUUUUGCCAUGUGGCAUUUUUUUUUUGCAUGUGGCAAAUUCGAUUUUGCCAUGUGGCAUUUUUUUUUUUUUGCAUGUGGCAAGUUGGAUUUUGCCAUGUGG